CUUACUGACGAGUGACAAGUGACACUUGAUUAUUUACAAAUUGAACCAACGCACACAAUUUCUAUAAGAGAUUCUAACAACGAAAUGACAUAUUUCGUCCUAAUACUCUAAUUCUAAUAAUUUUAUUAUUUUACGCUUUGAACUCUAAAGCACAACAUGGCAGGAGAAGUCGUCGUCGAUGCGCUACCAUAUAUUGACCAGGGUUAUGAUGAUCCGGGAGUAAGGGAAGCGGCUCUCGCAAUGGUGGAAGAGGAAUGCCGAAGGUACAGACCCACAAAGAAUUAUCUAGAAAAUGCCGGUCCUGAGCCAAGCACAGCGUUCGAAACACCGGCUCUGCAGAGAGAAAUGGAACGCGUGCAGCAACGGUUGCCCAUGGAACCUUUGUCAAUGAAGAGAUAUGAACUGCCACCCCCUCCAGCAGGGAGGCUCGGAGAACCUACCGCAUGGGCAGAAGCAGUGGAUAAUUCUCACGCCCAGCUCUCUCACCAAGCCAUCCGAGUGCUGAACCUGGAGUUGCAGCUCCAAUACAGUUCGGAAGCAUGGAGGUCAUAUCUCAAUGUACUACAGGCUCUUGUUGAGAGAUCCCAGAAUGUCCAUACACAGCUGAGAAAACAAAUAGCCGCUGUAAAUUGGGAGCGCAAACGCUCGCAGACCGCUAGCGGCGCGCGGUUGCGGGCGCUUCGCCGCCGAUGGGCUCAGCUCGUGUCGGACAACUACAGGCUUGAGCGAGCCAUCAUGCAGCUUGAGAUACAAUUGGAGAAGGCUAAGGGUCAAGCCACAAAUGAUAAUGAGGCACCAGAUAUGGAUAUAGAAGCCAUGAAGAAUUUACCUGACAAACUUAAUUCUGAAACGGAGAAAGAAGUGCAAAAGAAAAUUGAAGACAUGUUUGCUGAUUAAAUUACUUCUAAUUUUUAGUUAUAAGAUAAGUUAAAUAGACAUUAAUUAAACAUAUUUGU